AAUCUGCCUUUUUUGUUGUAAUUAAAUAGUUUUUUUUUUAAAGUGAAGAGUGAACUGUGAAGUGAGUGGAGUGGACCAAGACUGGAGGACAAAUUCUCAUGAAACCAUUCUUAUUUAUGGGAUGGGGAAUGUAAAUUAAAUAAUAAUCCUAAAUACAUUUUCAUCUUGUCCCGGUUAUGUUGUAGCUCAGCAGAGAAAUUCUUACUAAAUCCACUUUAAUAUUAUUAUAGAUUUAAAGGAAUCCAAAAAUUUGUAAAAAAAUCUCUGCAAUGGAUCAUGUUUCCAUUCUCGAUCCAUACGAGCAACAACUCCUAAAAGUCUUCAGCAGUCACGACUUGGAUAACUGUGGCAGCUUGGACAAAGAUGGACUGAUCCAGUUGUGUUAUACCUUGCAACUAGAAGAACAAGGUCCCGAACUGAUACGUUCUGUUCUUAGCGGGAAGAAAUCGAGAGCAACUUUUGGUGAAUUUAAAGACGCACUAUUGGCUUUAUUAGGUAAAAUGCAGAACAAAAAAAACCUGCUAGAAAGUCCCUUGAAGGAAAAUUUUGUUGAAAAAAAUUCGCCGGACCGUGAGGUGUCUCCCAAAUACAUUUAUGGAAGUAAAAAGUAUGGACGCCGAACUAGGCCGAGACAAGAUGAAAUAAAUAAUGAAGAAAAUGAUACACCUCAGGGAAAGCAAGGUUCUCCAGUGCAAAGAUCAAACUCGCAAAGUGAAGUCUUGUCUAAAAAACGUAAAACUAACUACAAAUUAAAAAGGUGCACUUCGCUACCAGGACACAAAGAUUUGAAUAAUACCCAAGGCAGUCACUUUAUAUCAUCAAAUUUAGCUAGUGAACCCGAAAUUGUUUGUACAGAAGAAAUGUUAAGGGAAGCAUGGAAAAAGUUAGGCGUUGGUGAAGAUGGUUAUUUGAAUCAAACUGAAUUAGUAUUAGUGUGUGAUGCAAUAGGAUUGCAUAAACUAGCAGAUGAGAUAAUUAAACAAUUAGCGGUGAAUUAUGAUAAGAAAAUCAGUUUUAAUGAAGUGUUGGAGGUGAUUCAAAGAGAUGAAACGUGGUUCGACGUUUUGAAUGAUUCCCCAAAAAAAGAUAAUACAAUUAAUUUGAGGUGUUCACCACAAGAAUUGUUUCCCGAUUCGCAAACAUUCCAAUAUGUCACACUGGGACUUGAUGGAAAUGGUCUGAUUAACGCAGUAACUUUAAUAGAAAUGUGGGAGAAUGUAGGAAUCCAUGCUCCAAAGGAACUUAUUCACGAAUUGGGGUUUGAUUCCAGGAAAAUUAAUAUAGCGGAAUUGGCUGCUGUUUUGGAAAAACAAACCCGAACCAUGAAUGAGAAUACGCGCACUGAAUUCCAAAGUCCUCACAUAACUUUGCUUCAGGCAAAUCUGACACUUUACCAAUUGGAAAUACGCUGUUUAAGAAACAUUUUGGAACAGUUGCAAGCGGAAAGAGAGAAAUUGAAGCUGGAUGUGACUGAAGCUAAUAACCGUGCGACUUUGCUGGCUCAAGAGGUUGAUGAUAAUCAUGUGAGGAUGGAACAAAACACACUAAAUCAGGUUAAACUCCUCGAACAACGCCAUUCCGAUAUGAUCAAAGACAUAGCAUCGCAGUACAGCAAAGAUAAGGAACAACUAAAUUCAAUUAAUGAAUCUCUAGAGGAAAAAAUCUCGACACUUGAAACUGAAACCGCUAAAUUGAAGAGCGAUCUAAUAGUGGCACAAAAUUAUUCGUUGAAUGUGGAAAUAGAAAAUCAAAAAUUGAGUGGACAAAUAUGCGAGUUAGAAAAGGACAAAGAAUUGUUAGUGAAUAAGGUUGGCACAUUGGAGCUGGAACAACAAAGAAUAAGGGACAUGGAAAGAGAAGAAAGUGAACUCCUUUUAAGCAAACUAUCGGCGUUGCAAAUUAAGAAUUCGGAACUUAAAGACAGAAAUGAUGAAAUGGAAUCAGAAAUUGAGAGUCUAAACAAUCAGGUCAUGAGCAUGAAAACCAAAACAAGUAGCACACCAACAAGAAACUACAAUACCCUAGAUCGAUCCAUGGAAGAAGACAAUAUCUCUAUCAUUUAUGAGGGAGUCGGACUAGGUGCAAAGAGAAGAAGUGAUUGUUCACCUAGCAAAGAUGUGCAACUGUUAAGAAUGACUGAUGGUAGUCCCCGUCUUGGUAAAGUACGCAAGUGCUUUACUUCGAGAACUCCAGACAACUUGGAAGUUCCAUUCACUUCAAACGAAAGCGGCUUUGACACGGAACCCGAAUCACUUUCGACUUCGACUUGCGAUAAUGAAGAGGUUAACAGGUUGCAAGCCAAAGUAGCAUUUCUUGAGCAAGUGCUUAUGCAACACAAUAUACCUGUACCUACAUACGAGGAAAGCGAAACUCUAUUAACGAUGCAACUCACCAGUAGAGUCAAGGAGUUGGAAAAAAUAAUUACCGACACAAAAAAUGAAAUGAAUAAAAUGUUAGACAAAGAAAACGAAUGUUUUAGCUGUGAUAAACUGAGGCAUGUUUGCGAAAAACUUCAAAAUACUGUAUUGCUAUCAAAUAGGGAUUUACAUCAGGAGACUUGUGUUGACUACUCAUUUAAUAGUGAGAAAAGUUUUGUUGAGCAAGAAUGCCAGACCGAUCUUAAUGUAACCUUUGUAGAAAAAAAGGUGCGCCAAUUGGAAGAAGAAAAUCAGGAACUUAGCGCAAAGUGUACUAACCUGGGAGACUGUAUUGAAUUGCUAAGAACAGAGUAUGAAAAAUGUGAGGACUAUUGGCAGUCCAAAGUUGACGAAGAAAGGCAAGCUUUCGAAGAAGAGCAAAAAAUAAGUGCAGAUAAGUUGAAUGAGGUGCUAGAAAAGAUGCACGAUUUUGAAGAACAAUUUGCGAAUCAGGAUAUGAUCGAUUCCCGUUUGCCAACAAUCGCAGAAACCGACAAUCUCGAAAAACAAUUUACAGACUUAGAGCAGGAAUUUGAAGAUUAUAAAAUGUAUCACGAAGGAGAGAUGUUCAAAAAAGAGGAAGAAAUUAGUAUUUUAAAAGAAAAGCUUACCGAAUUAGCUUUGAAACAGCAAAAAAUGCAUGAGGCUUCCGUACAAGCGGACGCGGAUGUUGAAGAACAAAGAGUUUUGAACAAAAUGAAAAGUUUUACUAGUUAUGUUAUUGAAAAUACUUGCAGGUUCUCUGAAGAAAUGUUACCUCCGCAACCUUUGGAAUUUUCAAAUAUGGGUUGGAAUAAGGGCGCGGUCAAAUCAGAAACGGAACCGUCUACAAUCAGAUCGUUACUGCCUACUAAUUGGGCCUAUAGGAAUCCAAAUACUAAUAUAGAAACAGCUAAUUCAGUGGGAAAUCUUGCACCUUCUACCUCUUCGAGUCAAAAUUCCACUCCUUGCAGACCUAAAAGGACCCGAAAGCACGACAAAAAUAUGUACAAAAAGAAUAAUACAGAAAAAGACAACAAAAAGACUGAAUCAACCAAUACUCAACAUCAGCAGCAAGCUCUUCCAAGAGAACAAAAUGCGGUCUUGCCGUUGAGUGCAUUCAACAAUAUCAUGGGUAGGAAGGCCUAUUUAGAGCAGCGAGUAAGAUAUUUGCAAAUGUGCAUGAAACAGCAGCAUUAUCAUAAUGAACAGACCUUACAACAUUAUUGUCAGCACUUCAGAGGCGAACGCAACGAACUCCAAACAAAAUUGAAGUUCUGCCAGGAGAAACUCGAUCAGCAAAUGCGAAUCUGCAACGAACAAUUGGAAAAAUUGCACAGAAGCGACAUGUUCGUUAAGGAUUUGUACGUGGAAAACGCCUAUUUGUAUGCCAAUGUCGAAAGGCUGGAAAAACAAUGUCGUAUGUUCCCGCAGGCUAGCAGUUCCACAGAUUCAGUAUAAAUUCAGUUAUAUAUCGGCACUUUUCUGCCUGUGCCUGAGGGGUCCCCAGAAUUAACUUUUCAGUUCAAUAUUUUUUUUGGACUUAUAUUAGUACAAAUAGUUUUCAUGUCAGAAAAUAUAAAAGUAAUUUUUUGUUUUAAGGCUAAGGUAAAUAUUAUGUAAGUAUAGGAAAAGGAUCUUGUUCAAUGUAGCAUAAACUAUUUAGUCUGAUUGUUUACUUAACUUUUAUAUGUAUAAUCCUAAAAGUUACAAAAUUCAAAGCAAAUCUUUAAAUUAUUAUACUUUCAGUCUUUCAGAUUUUUGCUGCCAUUAGCUAAGAAGAUCUUUUUUCAGUAGCAGAUAUCUUUAUUUAAAAUUUUUAGAAAUAAAUAUUUCUAACUGGAAAUUUGAUCAAGCUUGCAACUACACGGCCGAGCAUAAAAUUAGGGUCACCCAUAUUUCACAAUUAUUUUUGAAAUGUCAAGUUUUUGAGAUUUUUUUGUGGGUGGUAGCAUAGUUUACUACUCUAUGCGAUAAUUUUAUAGUGGUUGUUUGAAUUUAAAAAAAUUUGUUGUUAUUUUGUUUAAAGAUUGAUGAAAAAAGGGUCCCUCGCCGAAAUUCCUCGAAAGCAUUAUCAGCAUAUUUGUGUAUUCCAUGCAUGGUAUCUCUCAUGACGUAUCUCUCAAUAACAAUAAAGUUAGUAAACUGUACACCCAAAAAAAAUUCGCAAAAACUAAAAAUUUCAAAAAUAAUUGCAAAGUAUGGAGUGACCCUAAUUUUAUGCUCGGCAGUGUACAUAACUAAACUUUUUUUGCAAAAUAAAUUAUUGUCAAUCUCAAGAGUAAAGUGGCUGCCUCAUGUAUUAAGUCUAUCUAUUUAUGGAUAUCUUAGGUGUGCCUUAAAAGUAUUAGGUUCCUAUUUGCUUAAAGCAAUCAUUGCCAAUCACUCUUUUUUAUCAACUUUUGUAUUUUUUUUGUAAGGAAAUUUCGCUUUUGUACCAUCAAAACAAUUACCUAUUUGAGCUUUGUAGAUCCAAAUUAACUUUAACAUGUCGUAUUAACUUGUAUGAUCCUUGAUCUCUUUGAUAUUCGCUCAUUUAAAAAAACCAUUUAAAAAACCCAAAAUUUUCAAGACAUGCGUCUCCUGAAAAUUCCACGUUUUUUUAUUACUAGCUGUCUUUUUAAAUUUUGGUUAUUAAAUUCUUAAUUUUUGACUAAAACCUUAUUGAAAGGUUCCGUUUAGGGAUUCAAAUGCAUUAUUUAGGACUUCAAAUUACUUACAUUUUGAAAUUUUGAGCUGUGUCACUGUUAACAAAUGAGCGAUAUGUAUUUCACUUUGGGAAUAGUAAUAAUUCAAAAUGCUAUGUAUGUAAAGGUAAUAAUAGUUAUUUUUUAGAUAUACAUAAUAAUUAUAUCCCAAAGAAUAAACCAAUUUAUACUCUUUAAGGCAGGCAAGCAUGCACAUGCGAUUUCAAUGAUGUGUAUUUUAUUUAUGCAACCGAAUAAUUGUGCAACAAAAAAUCGCAUUUGCGUUCAUGCCAUAACAUGAUUAACUAUUAUUGUAAUUUAUUCUAAUAAUAAUUUAUAAAACGUAUAUUUGACUAACAAUUUGUUGUAAUGUUUUUGUGUUACAUUUCUGGUUUUAUUCUUUUUAACAAAAAUUUUAUUGAUCUUUUUACAUUUACACUUUCUACAAUCAUUAUUUACAUGGUAAGUUGAGAUAUGGUUAUAACUUAUUUACAAGUUUGUUAAUAUUAUAAUUAUUUUAUGAUGGUUAGUACCAUCAAUGUGUCAUACUGAGUGAGUUUAGUAAAUAAAUUUUGUUUUUUUAUUAAGUUUAUAUGUUUUUGUAGCUCCUAUUUGGUUACUAAUUAAUCUUGCCUGUUGUUUGCUGCCCCAUAGAUGGCGUUUUGCUAUUAAUCUGCCACCGCUGUCAUUAUCAGAAACUAACUUGAGUAUCUUUUCGCUAUUCUUAGCCACGCUGAUGAAACCUGAUAGGUCAAACUGAGUCCAUCAAUAGAAUCGCAUAGAAAAAAAACUCUAAUUUUCCUAAUAAAUUAUACAGUGAGCACGUAAAGGUUGGAAUAAAAUCCAUAAAAAAUACAUGGUUGAUUUUUUUUCAAAAAACCUCGGACACGGCGAUUUUUGAUUUUAGUUGCCGUUUUUUUGAUGUUAAUAUCAUAUAUACAGGGUGACCCAAAAACAAGUUAUGACAGCUAACUUAAUUUUUUUUAAUGGAAAUAUAUUUUUUUUAUUUCAUUUUCAAUUCCUACGUUAAAUUCUGAACCUAUUUUAUGUAUCAUGUCCUAUACCUAUCUCAACAGUUUCGGAAAUAUUGACAUUUGAAAAUUGACUUUUUUGCAACUUUUACAGGCUGAAAAAUCUAAUUCUUAUCUUAGUUUUCCAUGAACUAUCAUUCAACAACAACUUUGAAUUUAACCGGAAUUUUUAAUCAUGUAAUAAAUUCCAAGUUGGUUCAAAUGAUGACAAGAAUUUAUGAUCGGUUUUCCUCUAAAAUUAACCGUUUAGAUUUUACAGCCUGUCAAAGUUGCGAAAAAGUCAAUUUUCAACUGUCAAUAUU